AUGGAUAACUUUUCGCCUCGAGAAGCGUCGACGUAUUUAGUACUGUUAACUCUUACCGGCGCUUUAUGGAAUCGUCCAUUCGUCAAAGGUGAAAAAUGCGGUCCCAAUAUACAAGGUAAGUAAUUAUAGUUACUUUUGAACUUCCUGGUUAAAGACCAUGUAAAUACGAGUAGAUUUUUCUAUAUUUUAAAUAUUUAUGUAUUCGUGCAAUUAUUCAUGUAUGAAUGUGUGUAUGUAUGUAGAAAUCUAUCUAUUUUAUCAAACUAUCUAUUUACAUCUUUAUACAUUAAAAUCCCCUGGAGAGUGACCUAAUCACGAAACAGGCUUGUCGAAGUAAAGCGCAGUCCCUUUGUUUUUUCCAUAACUCAGUUCUUAAAUAAAUAUGAAACAGUACUGUCUGCAGCUAGUUAUAUAUAUAUUCGUUAAAAAGUAGAUGCACGCAGUAUGUAGAUUUCCUAUAAUAGGAACAAUACCUUUUUUCCAUUUCGACAGCAGCUAUUGUACUUUCCUUUUGAAAAUUUUCCCCAUAAUCAGUUCCGCCAACACUUUUGUAACGGAAAAAGCAAAUUUGUCUAUAUUUUAUAUAUCUUCUCGAAAUGCAACGUUUUUCAAAACGGCUGUAUAUAUAAAUAGGGAUAAUCGUUUUAAUCUUAUCCCUCUCGCAGAGAAACCCGUGGUCGAAAUAUCUUCAAGUCCAGAGAGCAACAUUUUCCCAAUUGGUGCCUCCAUAAACCUGACUUGCAAGGCAGAGCCAAGAGCGCAAGAUGAAUUACAAUUGGAUAGAUGGGUCAACUACAUCCGGUGGUAUGAUCCACAGGGUAAUGAAGUUGGAGAAAAGUGCCAGCAACCUGAUCGAAAAAAGCGUGUCAAAAAAAACAGCUGCCCAUUAGUGCUUAAAAAUCUGACAGUUGACAAAUUUGGCAACUACACUUGCCAAUCAGGCAAUGAUUACCCAAAUCACUGCACAAGGAAAUCAUUUAAUAUAGGGAUCCAAGGUAAGCAAAUGAGGCAUAACAUGCCCCUGGUGGACGGUACACAUACUACGUUUUGUUAUGAAAAGAUGGGUGCCGUGCAUUGGGUUUGUUGCGAUGGAAAUAAUUGAAAUCUAAAAAGUCCUCUGAGGUGGACAGAUAAGCAAGUACAAAACAUAGUAGGUAUAGCUUAUCGGUGAAGGAAAGUUCCGCAGAGUUCAUUUUUUCGGCGGUUGGCUAACAGGCCACGAAAAGCGACAAUCAAAAAAGAAAUUCUACGAAUAGAAAACGAAUAACUUAACUGCUUUUGUAAUAAGUGACAAAAAGUGGGUUUACCGCAAAACGAAAAAUUUAAACAGGAGCAUUCACUGCUCUCAUGCACAUUUUACUUAUUGAUAUGAGCAACUGUUUCUCACCCAAACGAUGCGAUUCUAAAUCUGUUCACCAAAAAUAAAUUAACGCUUUGAGAUAAGAAAAAAAAAUAAACUAAUAGUAAGAAAUUGAAAAAAAAAAUGAGGAAGCACCCACUCCGGUAAGGGAGACAAUGCCUUAAAAUGUUCUCUCCGAACACAUGAAUAUGACCAUAAAGGGGUGGUAAGCAAAGUCUAGAUAAAGUCUAGAUGCAACUGAUAUUCCUGUGUUGUAAAUACAAAUACAUAAAAUGCAAAACCAGAUUAUCUCAAUGACAAAAGGGGAUAUUUAUUGCGAUGUGCUUUUUUCUCAGGUGCUGCGCCUAAGUUAAUAGGAGUUCCUCGGAACCAAAGUGCUGAUAUAGGGGCCAAUGUAACUUUCAACUGCACCGCCAUAGGUUUCCCUAAACCAAUCAUAUCAUGGAUCAAGAACAGUGAUUCAUCUGCCUUACAAUCCAACCUGAGUGUAAAAUUCAUUAACGAUUCCAUGGACGAUAAAAGCAUUCAAAGCCAGCUGCUGUUAAUUGUUGGAGUGAAGAUGGAAGAUUUUGGAAAAUAUCAAUGUAAGGCAGAAAGCGUCGUUGGAAAAAAUUUGUCAUUGCCAGCUUUCUUAACACCGAAAGGUUCAGGUGAGACAUGCACAUGCGCAGUGGUGAAUUGAUUUCAGCGGGUUCCUACACUUUGUCUGACUUCUUUUUACAAAUAAUUUCCUUAACGGUAAGUAUUCUUCGAAUCAGUUAUUUCGGAUGCCAAACAAGCUGGCACCGACAUCCCAAAGAACGUCCGUCAAUAAAACAGCUUACAGCGUCACAUGCAUUCAGAUAAAAGCUUCAAUGUUAAUUUUCAGAUGACCAAUCACCUGAGAUUGUUAAGGGCCCAAAGAACCAAAGUGUCCCCAUCGGUUCCGAUGCCAUUUUCAGCUGCACUGUUAAUGGUCUUCCGAGGCCAACCAUCCAUUGGAUAAAGGACGAUGCUUCACAUGCUGUACAAUCUAACACCAGAGCAAGAGUUAUUCAAGGCAACCGAACGAGCCAGCUGAUGAUUACAGGGGUAGAGAUGGAAGAUUAUGGAAAAUAUCGCUGCAUUGCAAAUAAUAGCAUUGGAAGAAGUCAGUCAGAAGUAGCUGUAUUGAGGAGAGGUUAGAUAUAUUAUGAAUUUAGUUAGGGAAAAAACAAAGAGGCUACGCCAUAUUCCGACAAACCUGAUUCGUGAUAUAUACAUAUAUAUAGGAAGUCUGCAAGUCGAUUUUCGCGUGGAACAGUGCUCAAUACGUUGAAGCAGAGCAGAAUAAAUAUUAUGAGAGGAAAAAAGGACGCAACUACAUUUCCCGACAAGUCUGUUUCGUGAAUCGCUUCACUCUUCAGGGGUUUGAAGCCUGAAGAGUGAAGCGAUUCAUGAAACAGGCUUGUCGGGAAAUGUAGUUGCGUCCUUUUUUCCUCUCAUAAUAUUUAUAUAUAUAUAUAUAUAUAUAAAUAUUAUGAGAGGAAAAAACGACGUAACUACAUUUCCCUGUUGCGUCGUUUUUUCCUCUCAUAAUAUUUAUUCUGCUCUGCUUCAAUGUAUUUAGCACUGUUCCACGCGAAAAUCGACUUGCAGACUUCCUAUAUAUAUAUAUAUAUUGAAGUAAAUAGAGAAAUAAGGAUCAAAAUCACGAACACUGGGAUUUAAAAAUCCUUUCUUCCUCUUCUAGACUUCUUUAAUGUUAUUUUCCAUUCUCCUUCGUCCUCUUCCUCUUCAUGCUUUUAUUUUUAAUCAUUAUUAUCAUUAUCAUGAUUAUCAUCAUUGAAAGAUAAUGUUAUUCAGUGAUAGACCUUGCCGUUUAACUAGGGUCUUGCUCGGUAGAGCUUCCGAAGUUCAAAUUUCAAUGUCGUAAAUUUUGACCCCUAUUGAGCUUUUAGAAUUGUUUUUACUUGCUCUAACUUCCAUCUAAAAAGUGAUUCUGGAAAAAAAAAAUUAUGUAUCACAGCAAUUUUAUUUCGUGCAGACACUUAUUUAUAAAAGUUUUCAAUCCGUAUGUUAAUUAUUAGAAUGAUUAUCUUUGUUCCAUCAGGUCGCAAAAAUGGAGAAGAAGCCUCAACAUCUCAGAUGACAUCAAUUGCUGUAUUAUGUGCUUCGGUAGCUGCUUUUAUUUGUUUAAUCACUGUGCUUGUGUGGCAUCGGCUUAGAAAUGGUGGUGAACAGGUAAAUAAUAGGCGACUUCGUUAAUACUGGUGGUAAUAUGAACUCACUCUGUUGGAACUAGGGUCAGUUACGUUUUUGCACCUCGGGAAUAUGGAUCUGCAGUCGUUAUCACAUUCUCACUAAGUGCAAUUGAUCUUUCUGCUCUAUCUCGGAAGGGAAAAGGGUUUUCUUAGAACAUGCGAAGCGUCUCUUGACUCUCGUCGCAUCUCGCCCUGACAAAGAGCGGUAAAUUCCAGUGACCCAUUGGACUCCGGUAUAAGCGAAGUUGUGUAAGGAGGAUUUUCAUCAGUUGACUUUUAAAUGUGUCCAUUUCCUCUUAAAUAAAAAUUUUAUGGUUUUGUUGGGUCAAACGCACACAAUGUCGAGGCUACGGAAAAAACCAUUUCUUUCUCUCCCAAAUUCUUCUUUUCUCCACUUUGGAUCAAUAAAUAUCUUCAGUAGUAGUAUGCUAAUAUUUGAAUUUAUUGUAAGGCUAAGCUUGUGCGGCUCAAUUUUUGGGGCUAAUGAAGCAAUACAAUCAAAGUAGAAAGCUAUAUUUUCCUGCUUAGAUGCCUUAAAAUGAUUAUCAUGAUAAAAGAAUAUAACGUAAGGAUUUAGCUGGAAAUUUAUGCUUCCCUUUCAAACAAGCACUAAUCAAAUAGCAAUAAGAUUGAUGAUCCAGAGUACAAGAGGUUUCAGUGCAACUCACUCAAAUCCCGCAUCAUAAAAGAAACUCAAACAAAGUAUGACUAUGAUUAA